AUGAAUGCUACUACAUUGAAGGAACCGGAUGUAGACAUGUUUCCGGGUUCCCAUGAGGAGAACAUCAAGCACGGCCUCGGUAGUUAUCUGGACGAGUUUUUGAGUGCGAUCAAAAUCUUCGGUUACCUGGAGCGUCCUGUAUUCCACGAGUUGACCCGGAGCAUGCAAACCCGGAAGCUCAUUGCUGGCGAGACCUUGAAUCUUGAAGAUGAGCAAGGGUUCUGUAUUGUGGUGGAUGGUCUCGUAGACAUCUUUGUGAAGUCGGGCCCUCGCCGUUCCGUUGGAGACACCUCGGUGGACUCACUGUACGACUCUUCGGGUGAAGACGACGAUUAUACGGGCCACGGCCAGCAACGAUAUCAGCUCUUGACCGAGGUGCGAAAUGGUGCCCCAAUGUCCUCCCUGUUUUCCAUCAUGUCCUUAUUCACGGAAGAUGUGAGCCUGAGGGUACCGGAGGAUGAACUCUCCGGCGGCACGCCCUCUUCGACGACUGUGCCUCAGGAGUCUUUUUCCGAGACCCCGAACCUUGCCGCUCCUUCACCUUCGGCGUCGAACACGAGUACGCGGCCUGCCUCGCGCGAGUUCCCCGUCCGAGAUGGGGAGAACGGCCGCUUCGAACACCACUCGGGGAUUACCGAGUCGCCCACUCGCCACAUUACUCUAGACGACGGACGAACCCAUCCUCCCAUCCGCCCAGCUCUGAAGCGACGUCUCGCAUCAACCUCUGCCCAUCCUGACGUUAUCGCACGUGCUACAGUAGAUACUACGAUUGCAAUCAUACCUGCCAGCGCUUUCAGACGUCUCAUUAAAACCUACCCAAAGGCAACAGCUCAGAUCGUACACCUGAUUCUCACCCGCUUCCUCCGUGUAACCUUGGCCACGGCUUACAGCUACUUGGGUCUAACCGAGGAAGUUCUUCACACGGAAAAGAGUGUGGUCCGAUACACAAUGUGCCAGCUACCGAAUCCGUUGCGCGGCGAACCGUUGAACCGUCUAAAACAAAAGUUUAAGCGCGAGCGUGAACGGAUAGGCGAAGAUGACCAAGAUAAGGGAAUUGCCCUGCAUAAUUCCGCGGCUAGACAGCGGCCCAACCCAAGGAGCAACGCCUUCGGAUUCAUGGGUCCGUUGGAUGCCUCGGCUGAUGGUGAAACCGAGUCCAUGGCAUCCACGAACGUGCCUCUCGGUCCUCCCCCAAAUGCGCACGCUUUAGCUCUCGACCUGAAUCACGAAGUCGAGAUUGUUUACUUCCCCAAGGGCUCCGUUUUGAUCGAACAAGGCGAGCGCAAUCCCGGCUUGUACUACGUGAUUGACGGUUUUCUCGAUAUAUGCACAAGUUAUGAUGAAGGCUCGAUCGACAUGUUUGCGGGGCCCCAUGGACGCGCGCUCAUCAAGCCCGGCGGCCUGGCGGGCUACAUCGGCAGUGUUUCGUCUUACCGCUCGUUCAUCGAUGUCGUAGCCAAGACGGAUGUUUACGUCGGCUUCCUCCCUCGUGUCCCGCUCGAACGAAUCGUCGACAAAUACCCAAUUGCACUCCUCACCAUGGCGAAGCGACUUACAAAUAUCCUACCUAGGUUGAUUCUCCACAUCGAUUUCGCACUUGAGUGGGUCCAGGUCAACGCGGGUGAGGUUCUGUUCCGGAAGGACGAUGAAAGCGAGGCCAUCUACCUCGUCCUCAACGGACGUUUGCGCUUAGUGGAAGAUAAGAAAGAAGGGGGUGUCAAGGUACGCGACGAGUAUGGACAGGGGGAGAGUGUGGGCGAAUUGGAGGUUCUGACCGAAUCUACUCGGCCGGGAACCCUGCACGCCAUUCGAGACGCCGAGCUUGUCAAGUUCCCUCGUACUCUCUUCAACAGUCUCGCCCAGGAACAUCCCAACAUCACGAUUAAGAUUUCCAAGAUCAUCGCAUCUCGGAUGAGGUCCUUGUUUGAUGACCCGUCCAAGUUCAUCCUCAAGGAUGGGGGUCUGGCCGGCGCAGCGACCUUCAAGGGCUCGUCCACUGUUAACCUUAGAACAGUCGCCAUCCUGCCUGUCACGUCGGGGGUACCAGUUGUCGAGUUUGGCAACCGGCUGAUGAAUGCGCUCGCCCAAGUCGGGCCUCCCAACGGUGCCACAUCUCUCAAUCAAGCUGCCAUCCUCAGCCAUCUUGGGAGGCACGCUUUCAAUAGGAUGGGGAAGCUCAAGCUAUCCCAAUAUCUGGCCGAUCUCGAGGAGAAGUACAGUCUCGUACUCUACGUUGCGGACACCAAUGUCAACUCGCCAUGGACGCAAACCUGUAUAUCCCAGGCCGAUAGCAUUCUAGUGGUUGGUCUUGCGGAGGGUUCUCCAGAGAUCGGAGAAUAUGAGCGCUUCAUGCUUGGCAUGAAAUCUACGGCCCGCAAAAGUCUAGUCUUGCUUCACUCUGAGAGGUUCUCGCCUCAGGGCCUGACGAGAGCGUGGUUGAGGAAUCGAGUGUGGAUUAACGGUGGUCACUACCACGUCCAGAUGUCCUACAGGCUCAAUACGGUGCCAGAGCAUGCUCCGGUCAAGCGGCUAGGCAAGGUCAUCAAGGAGCGGGUGCAGAUUCUCCAGGCAGAAAUACAAAAGUACACGUCAAAGAAGGUACUCCAUGGGCCGUUUUACUCACCCGAGGCUCCUUUUAAGGGAGACUUCCACCGGCUAGCCAGAAAGCUCUGCGGUAAAUCGGUGGGCCUAGUGCUCGGCGGGGGCGGCGCGAGGGGUAUCGCGCAAAUUGGAAUUAUUCGGGCAAUGGAAGAAGCUGGCAUCCCGAUUGACGUGAUUGGGGGUACCUCGAUUGGAGCGUUCAUCGGGGCUUUGUACGCCCGCCACGCAGACGUUGUUCCCAUAUUCGGCCUUGCUAAGAAAUUUGCCGGCCGGAUGGCGAGUCUCUGGAGAAUGGCGCUGGACUUGACGUAUCCCUCAGUAUCGUACACGACGGGCCAUGAGUUUAACCGAGGCAUCUUCAAAACGUUUGGAAAUGCCCAGAUGGAGGACUUCUGGCUCGAGUACUAUUGCAACACUACAAACAUCAGCAAGAGCCGCUCCGAGAUCCACACGAGCGGGUACGCUUGGAGGUACAUUCGUGCUUCCAUGUCUCUGGCGGGCCUUCUCCCGCCGCUGUGCGACGAAGGGAGCAUGCUCCUCGACGGCGGUUACAUUGACAACCUCACUGUUUCGCACAUGAAAACGCUGGGUGCCGAUACAAUUUUUGCCGUUGAUGUUGGGUCGCUCGACGACGAUACGCCACAAAAGUUCGGAGACUCUCUCGGGAAUAUGGGCGAUGCCCGGAUGCUUUUACAUGCGACCCCGAUUGACCCGUACGGCACGCUGGAUUUUGGCAAGUUUGACGAGAUUUACCAGACGGGGUACAAGUACGGGAAGGAAUAUCUGCAGAAGCUGAGGGAGGAAGGAAGGCUCCCUCUCGUGGAGGAGACGGAGGCAAAGAAGGCCUUGAGGCGGACCAUGGCCCCUCGAAGAGCUAGCAUCUAG